GCGCCGCGAGUCUCGUGUGUUUACGUGGAGAAACAUGGCGGCGACGGUGUCAGCUAAACCACUGAAGUAAAACACUGAAGAAAUCCCACAGAUUUACCGUCUGAGCACAUGUCAGCGCCCCGCGUUUAGCGCCAGGCGUGCGGCGCUUUUCUGACGCGCGUCUCUCCGUGUUUAAGCCGCAGGAACCGCGGAGACGAUGGAAGACGAGGAGCGACAGAAGAAACUACAGGCCGGCAAAGCCAAGCUGGCCGAGUACCGGCAGAGGAAAGCUCAAUCUGAUGGCCAGAAGAAGCAGAAGAAGAAGAAAAAGAAGCCGGAAUCGGACGCGGAGGAGCAGACCGCCGUGUUUUCCCUCCGGAGCGGAGAAACCGUCACACAUGACCAGACCUACACCAUUGAGCCCGAGAGUGAAGUCUCGACGACGGCUGAAGACUGUUCAUCUGAGGUAAAUGGUUUCCACGAGAGGACAGAGAGUGAUCUUGUGAUCGGGGAGGAAGAUCUGCAGCCGUCCGAAGCGCACAUGGAGCCUCAGAGCCGCAUACAAAACAUGGAGGACGAGCUCGCCGCUAAGAACAUGGCCAUGGAGGAGCUGAGCCGUGAGCUGGAGGAGAUCAGGGCCGCGUUUGGAGCUGAAGGAGUGCAGCAGCUGCAGGACUUCGAGGAAGCGCUGAAACAGAGGGAUGAAAUCAUCACGCAGCUCACCUCUAAUCUGCAGCAGGCGCGAACCGAGAAGGAGGAGGUGAUGAGGGAGUUCCUGGAGCUGACGGAGCAAAGCCAGAAACUCCAGAUUCAGUUCCAACAGCUGCAGGCCGGUGAGAUACUGCGGAGCUCCAACAUCAGCUCCACCGCCGCAGAUCUGCUCCAGGCCCGUCAGCAGAUCACGCUGUACCAGCAACAGCUGGACGAGAGGGACGCACAGGUCAGAGGUCACCAGGAGAAGACGCAGGAGCAGCUCCUAUUGAUCGCGCAGCUUCAGGAGAGUCUGAGUGAAGCCACGAGGGUCCGCACACAAGCUGAAGAAUCGUUUGCUCAGAGUUUACGAGAAAAGGACUUGCUGAAUACCGAACAUCAGCGUCUAAUAACACAGCUUCAGGAUCAGCUUCUGACUUCCAAACAGCAAGUGGAGGAAAUCAACAAACAUCUGUCUGCGCAAACCCAAGAACUAGACAGCUGCGAAAAAGAGCUCUCCGCGUCCAAACAGAAAGAGCGCAUGUCGUCCGGAGAAAUCCUGCAGCUCAUGAAAACCGUCGAGGACCUCCAGCAGCGCUGCCACCAGGGAGGCCAGUCGGAGAGCGAGACGCUCCGGAGAAUCGAGGACGACUGGAGCCGACGGAUGGAGCAGCUGCGAGCCGAACUGGAUGAAAUGUACGGUCAGCAGAUCGUGCAGAUGAAGCAGGAGCUUCGCACGCAACACGCGACGGAGGUGGAGCGAAUCCGAGCGCAGCAUUACUCGGAAACCGAGAAGAUCGUCCGACAGCAUCAGUCAGAGCUGGAGAGGUUUAAAGCUCAGCUGUUUCAGAGCGCCGGAGGCGUCAACGUGCUAAACGUGAAGCUCAUCGAGCUCCAGCAGAAGCUGCAGGAGACGCAAGUGCUGCGCGAAAAGGCGGAGCAGGAGCUAACGCAGGCGAGCGCAGAAAAACUCGGCCUGGCGCAGGAGGUGGAGCGUUUGCGCGACGAGCUGCAAAUAGCGGAAAUACAGAGCCCAGAGAAAAUGCAACACGCUAUUAGCGACCUGCGGGCGCAGCUCGAUUUGGCGCACAAAGCCAACGGCGAACUAGAAGCCAAGCACGAAUCAGAAAUCACCAACUAUAAGAUCAAACUCGACAUGCUGCAGCGGGAGAAAGACGCGGUGCUAGACCGCAUGGCCGAAUCGCAGGAGUCGGAGCUGGAACGCCUGCGAACGCAGCUCUUGUUUAGCCACGAGGAGGAGCUCUCCCGACUUCGCGACGACCUCCAACGGGAAAGCCAGCUGAAUGUGGAGAACCUGCGCGACGAGAUGGGCGUGAGGCACCGUGAGGCUUUGGACGAUUUUGAGGGUAAGCUGCGGUCGGUGGAGAGCGAGAGAGCGGCGUUAGCUUCGGAGAGACUCGCGCUGCUCGAGGAGAUCGUUGCGUUGAAAAACGACAUGAAUCGGGCGACGGAAAGCGAGGAGCUGCAGGCGGAAGUCGAGCGCUUGAGAGCGGAAAGCGAAGAAACACAGUCGCACGCAGCCGCGAGGAAUGAGCUGUCAACAGAGCACGGAAAAAUCCACCGCCUUUCCUCGGAAAACGAGGAAAUGUGUGCGCGACUGAAAGACCUACAGGAUGAGAUCGAGAAGCAGAGAAACACGUUCUCCUUCGCUGAGAGGAACUUCGAGGUGAACUACCAGGAGCUGAAGGACGAGUACAUGUGCCUGGUGAACGCUAAGCUACAGCUAGAGCAGCGCUUGGAAUACGAGACGAAGCUCCGAGAUCUACACACGAGACACGAGGAGGUGGAUGGGAAGACACUGAUGGAGAAAGACACCACCGAGCUGAUGGAGAAGCUGGAGACGGCCGAGAACGAGAAGAGGCGCUUGGGAGAGCGGCUCUCGCUGAUGGAAGCGGAGCUGGAGACGCUGAAGCGAGGCAGAGAUGAAGAGCUGGGAUCUGACCGCAGCGUCGCUGGUGGGCUGUGCUCUGUGGAGAAGACGCAUCACGCGCACAUCACAUCUUCACGGGAGGAGCUGGAUGCUCUUCGCUCGUCCCUGCCGUACAAAGACCCCUCGUCUCCGACAGCAGCGCAGGAGAGGAGGGAGAGAGAGACGCAUGCGAGGACUUCACACACACACACAGCGGCGCGUGAGGAGCAGCUUUCAGCGUCGCAGGUGGAGACGGGAGACGCUCCGGCCGAUGGAGACGCUGUCAGAGCCUCGCUCAUGAUGCAGCCGCGGGAAAUGGACGGCGCUGAGCAUGAGGAGUGUCGUCUGCAGCUGGAGGCUCAGCGCAUCAGUCUGUCUCAGAUCCACGCCGCUCAGCUGGAGCUGCUCCGAGAGAGUCUGUGUGCGCAGACGCAGGAGGAGAGGAGGAGAGAGAACGGUCAUCCCGCAGAGCUCAUGGCAGAGUCUGAGGAGUGCUCAGCGCGUCUGGAGAUCGAGCGGCUGAAGAGCGACUAUCAGCAGCAGAUGGAGGAGACGCAGGAGCGCUUCACGGCCGAGGUCCUCCUGCUGCAGAGGAGACUCCAGGAGCUCACAGGAGCCGGCGAGAUCUUCAGCAUGCCGAGCGUCUGUCCGCCGCUGACGAGAGACGAGCGCCGUGAACAUCUUCAGGAGGAGAGACUGAGAGACGCGUGUCCUCCGGAGGAGCCCCAUCUCAGACGCCUGGAGGAGGAGAUCGCCAAGGUGAUCGUGCAGAUGUCGGUUGAGUUCGCCCAGCAGACAGAAGAGGCCCGGAUCAGCAAACAGGCCCGCGAGACGACCACCGGCACACAGACGGAUGACAGCGAGGAUGAGGAGGACCGACUGAACUCUGUGAGCCUGAUGAAGUCUCCUGAAGAAGAGCAGACCUUCAUCACUGAACACACAACACAAGAGGAGGAGGAUGAUGAUGAUGAAGAGCACUUGCGCUCUGAGCUGGUCCCGCAGGAGGAGGCUCUCAGAUCGUCACACACACUUCAGCUGGAGGCGUAUCAGGGGCAGAACACACUCCUGACGGCUCAGAUACACACACUCACCCAGCAGCUCCUGCAGACUGAGCUGGAGCUGCAGCAGAUGAAGGAGAGACGAGACGAGACCGAGAGACGGAGAGAUGAACACCUGCUUCCCAGCAUGCAAAGCUGCAGCACACAGACAGAGCAGACGAGAGAGGAAGAGGAGGAGGAGGAGGGCAGAGGUCAGGGAAGAGCCGUGACAUCGGACCCAGAGCUCUCGUCUGAUGUCGUCACCACAGAGAGGGAUGUGCUGCGUCAGGCGAACGCUCGUCUGCGUCAGGCACUGAUCGAUGUGCUGAAGACGACGGCGGCGGCGGAGGAGACCAUCGGCCGUCAUGUGCAGGGCAUCCUGGAGGCAUCCAGCGUGAAAGCAUCAGACGCGUCCUCGGAGAGCUUUCUCAGCAGAGAGACGGCUGCUGAUGACCUCAGCCUGUUUUCAGCAGAGACCGAGAGCGACGGAGGGCUGGAGCUCUUGCUGAAGAUCCAGGGGGCGGGGCUACAGCUGCAGGGGGCGGAGCUCCCGCCGGAGAGGGAGGAGCUUCUGCUGAGCAUCAGCACACGACUGCAGAGCGCCAUCGAGAAGCUGCUCAUCGCCAUCACUGAGACCAGCACUCAGCUGGAGCAUGCGCGGAUCACACAGACGGAGCUGAUGAGGGAGAAGUUCAGACACAAUGAGGAGAUGGAGGAGCUGCAGCGCAGACAGGAGGAGCUGCAGGAGUGUCUGGGAGAAGAGGAGCGAGCUCGGGAGCAGCUGGCACUGGAGCUGCACAAAGCUGAAGGUUUGAUUGACGGCUACACCGGCGAGCGUCUGGCGCUGGAGCAGCAGAUCGGUGAGCGCGCCGAGCUGCAGCUGCAUCUGGAGCAGGAGCUGUGUGUGACCGCUAGCCGUCUGCGUGAACUCGAGCAGGAGCGCCAGCAGAUUCACCACGAGCACGAGCUGCUGUCGCGCCAGCAGGACGCCAUGAGAGAAGGGGCGGGGCCUCGAGAGCUGCACCUGCUGGAGGAGACGGAGAAGCUGAUGGCGGAGAAGGUGGAGGUGCAGCGUCAGGCGCAGAAGGAGAGCGGCGAGCUGCUGAAGCAGGUGAAGCAGCUGGAGGCGGAGCUGGAGGAGCAGGUGAGCCGUCUGCAGGAGCUGCAGGAGAUGCACAGCGCCGAGACGGCAGACCUGCGGCAGCAGAUACAGGCCUUAGAGAAGCAGCUGGAGAAGAACCGCAAGUUCAUGGACGAGCAGGCAGCGGACAGGGAACACGAGCGAGACGUCUUUCAGCAGGAGAUUCACAACCUGGAGCAGCAGCUGAAGAAUCCCGCCAAAACACAGACAGGAAGUGACCGGCGGGACAGAGAGGUGCAGGAGCUGAGCGCGGCGCUGCAGGAGAAGGCAGACUGGUGCAGUGAGAUGCUGCUGAGCUCGGAGCAGCUGCAGAGAGAUGUGUGUGAGAGAGACGAGGAGAUCGAGACGCUGGGAGCACGCCUGAGGGAGCUGGAGCACACGCUCAUCACAGGGUCAGUGUGUGUUUCUGCUCGUGACGCAGAGCUAAUGCUGCUCGCUGAGAGAGAGCGAGAAAGAGGUACUUCCUGUCACCUUACACAUUCCAGCAACUCCAACAGAACUGAGAUGGUGAAUCUGGAGGAGCAGCUGGAGCAGUUUCGAGAGGAUCUGGAGAACAAGAGCGAGGAGAUGAAUCAGCUCCACAUGCAGCUGGAAAUCCAGAGGAAGGAGAUCAGCAGCCAUCAGCAGGAUCAGGCCCGGCUCGCACAGGUCUUGGAGGAGAAGGACAGGCAGAUAGCCGUCCUUAACGAGCAGCUCGCUAAGCGUCAGCGCGCGGGAACAGACCCUGAGAAAGAGGUACAGGCGCAGGUGGAGGAGAAGGACGAGGUUCUGCGUGAGCUGGAGGCGCAGGUGGAGUGUCUGCGGAGCGAGCAGGAGCGUCUGAGGAGGAACAGCGAGGAGGAGGUGGAGCAGCUCAACGCCGUCAUCGAGAAGCUCCAGCAGGAGCUGUCGCACAUCGAGCACAAGCAGCCGCAGGACGAGAGCGAUGAGAUGAAGCAGAGGAUGGAGGAGGCUCUGCGGGAGAAGACGGCUGCGCUCGUGGUGCUGCAGGCCCAGGUGCAGGCGCUGGAGGAGAGCGCAGGGUCACGGGUCACGAGCUUGAGUCGGCGGGUGGAGGAGCUGGAGACCAGCGUGGAGGAGAAGGACUCGGAACUGUGCGCGUGCAGGUUGAAGGUGGAACAAGUGCAAAGGGACGCCGACGCUCUGUAUGCUGAAGUGGCUCAGCUGGAGGAGAAACUCAGGGAGAAUGUGGCCGCUGUUCUGGUCAGUCAAGCACAACUGGAAGCCAUCCAGACGCAAACCAAAGAGCUCCGCGCUGAGGCCCACGCAGGAGAAGCCAUGGGCCUCAGCGCGCAGCUGCGGUCGGAGGGCCUCACGGCGCAGGAUGGAGCCUCCACAGGGAAGACGAGUCUGCUGACGGAGAAGCUGAAGGAGUUGGAGGAGGGUCUGAGCGGGAUGCAGAAGGACCAGGAGCUGCAGAAGCAGCUGUUGAGCAGCUCUGAGGAGGAGGUGAUGGAGUACGAGAGGAGGUUAGCCGUGAUGAUCGACCUACUGAACCAAAUGAGAACCAGACCAACCCAUCACAGACUGUCGCCGCCAGCUGAGGCGUCAGGUGAGGCCGGUCAGUCGCUGUCAGAGCUGCUGCAGGAGGUCAAAGGUCAAGCUGCGUCCACUAAAGAGGAGCUGAACUGCUACAGAGAUCUGAGCCACAAGCUUCAGGAGGAGAUCGAGAUGAAGGAGAGCACGAUCACUCGGCUCCAGACGGCCCUCAAUCAGGUCUCCGCGAGCACGCGUGAAGAAGAUGCUGCCGAGACGGCUCAACGCCUCCAGGAGGUCAGAGGUCAAGCGAGCUGCAGGGAUCAGAGCGCCAGACUGCAGACGUCACAGGAGGGCGAUCAGUCCACGGCGGAGCUGCUGCAGGAGCUGCAGGAGGUCAAAGGUCAAGCGGCCGUCACCAAAGAAGAGCUGAGGAGCUUCCGGGAGGAGAUCGAGCUCAGAGACGCGUCCAUCGCUGAGCUGAAGGUCAAAGUUCAGGAGCUGCAGACCGCUUUGGCCAAAUCCAGCGAGGAGCCGUCCCAGCCUAAAAUGAAAGGAGAGCAUCAUGGGAUGGACAGAAGCACAAGAAAAGACCACAGGAGCUCCUCAGAGCAGUCGGAGAGCUCCUCGCUGCAGGAGGUGAUGCUGGGAUACGAGGAGAAGAUCGCACAGAUGCAGGAGCUGCAUGCGGCUGAGAUCCUAGACAUGGAGGCCAGACACAUCUCUGAGAGCGAGAGCCUGAGGAGAGACAGCCAGCGGCUGGAGGACGAGUGCCGAGCGCUGAGAGACGCCAUCCACACGCUCCGGAGCUCACAGGCUCCGUCAGUGAGGUCUGAACAUCCAGCGGUCUCGCCGUUUAAAGAUGGAUACGCCAGUGACAGCGGUUCAGACGGGAGUCACCUGCAGCAGGAGAAGCGCAGCACACCUGAAGGAGCGCGCCGAGACGCGGAGCCAGACCUUCUGCCCGACAGGAUCAAGAGCCUGCUGCGUGAGGUGCAUCAGGAGGGCAUGCAGGUGCUGUCUCUCUCCGAGCUGCCGCUGUCUGAAGCGGAUCGAGCUCCUCAGAGCUGGAGCAACGAGAGAGACGCCUUCAUCAACACCGUCGAGUCCCUCCAGCUCCUCGUCAGCGCGCUGCAGACGGACACACAGCUGGAUGGCGACUGGCGAGCGGAGCUGCUUUCAGCUGUUCAGCAGGUGUUUGUUCAGGAGCGAGACGUGCUAAAAAACAUUUUAUACUCUCAUCUGGAGCGACUGGACACGGCUGACGCUGUCAUUCAUCUCAACCAGCUGGAGAGAGCGCUAGCGGAGCAGGACGCGCGGCAAAGGGAGUUGAUGGGAGCGCUGUGUGCCAUGGACAGAAACAGCCUGCGCUCCGAGAUCCAGCAGCUCAGAGAUCAGCUCCACACGCUCACAGCGGAGCAAACACAGCGCCACCAUCAGGACAGCGCCGGAACGGAGAGCGAGAGGCAGGUUGAAGCGAUGCCGGUCGAAUCCGGCUCUGAUAGACUGGAGGAGAUGAAGACUGAACUCAACCAGACUAAACUAGAGCUAGAGAGCGCUCUAAAAUCACAGCACAAACACCUGAAGGAGCUCGACACACUCAGGGCUGAGGUCUCCCUGAAGGCCGCAGAGGUCGACACACUGAACGACAGACUGGCACACGAGCAGAAGAGAGCCAGAGAGCUGCAGUGGGCUUUCGAGAAGGAGAAACGCAAGUCUGACAGGAAGGAGGAGACCGAGAGAGAAGAAGUGGAGGAUCUUAAGCUGUCUCUGGAGGAGCUGUCGAGCGCUCUGGAGAAAGAGAGACAGGUUUCAGCUCGGCUCAGAGAGCAGGCGCAGGAGCUCAGCGUCUCCUCACAGCUGCAGGUGGAAGCCGACGUGGUUUCUGUGGAGUCUCUCCUGCAGACGCAGCUGGCCGAGAAGCAGACGCAGGUGCUGCAGAUGACGGAGGAGCUGGAGAGACACAAGCUGGAGCGCAAACGACAGCGGGACGAGGAGAAUGCACUGCGGGCGACACGCGCCGGCCUGGAGAGACGGGCGAGCGAGCUGCAGACGGAGCUGGAGAGAGAGAGAGACAGCGUCAGGAGGCUGGAGAGAGAGAGAGACAGACUGCAGGAGACCGUGAGACAGCUGGAGGACAGCAACCAGAGCGCCGGAUCAGAGGAUCGAACCCGGGACUGGGUGUUGCGGACGGGAGACGCGCUGCGUGAGGGUCAGAGGUCAGAGCCCAAACACAUGGACAGCAUCCUCAGCAGACUGCAACUCAUCGCCGCCAAGAUCAACAGCCUGACCAGCGAAAGCCCAGACAGGUUAUCUGGACAAGCGCCGGACCGGGACAGUCUAGCAUGGCUGCACAGUAAUGUACAGGAUGUGAUGUCACUGUUACAGCAUAUCCCAUCAGCCCCUUCUGCUCUCCCGGAGAGCGCCGCGCUGCUGGCAGGAGGAUCGUCCAGUCUGCUGAAUGAGCGUUUACUCAGACAGAACGCAGAGCUCACGGGAUUCGUUAGCCGACUGACGGAAGAGAAGAACAACCUGCGAAACCAGUUACUGAAGCUGGAGGAGGAGCUGCGCAGAUACAGACAGAAGAAAACCACCUCAGAGAGCAGUUGGAUCGGGGCUGGCGUGGAGCGUCAGGAGCUGGUGGUGUUUUCUAGCGAGCGUGACUCGUGGGCUCAGGAGAGGAAUCGUUUGGAGAAGUCUCUCCGUCAGGCCGAGGCAGAACUGAGCCGUCUGAGAGCAGAGAUUAUUCGCUCCGAAGCGCUGCGGGAUCUGACCGCAGCCGAUCUGGACAACACGGCCCUCAGGAGGAUGUAUGGGAAAUACCUGCGUGCCGAGAGCUUCCGGAAGGCUCUGAUCUAUCAGAAAAAGUAUCUUCUGCUGCUGCUGGGAGGAUUUCAGGAGUGUGAGGAGGCCACGCUGUCUCUGAUCGGCCGGAUGGGCGGCUUCCCUGCACACACCUGUCUGGAGUCUGUGAGCCGUCAGCGCAGGGGCUUCACACGCUUCAGAUCGGCCGCGCGCGUCUCCAUCGCCCUCUCCAGGAUGAGGUUUCUGGUGAAGCGAUGGCAGAGAGCAGCUGGAGGAAGUGACACAUCUCAGAUUGUCAACAGAAACGGCCUCGCUCAGAUCACAGGUGCGGAUGUGAGGAACGAGUCGUCGUAUCUUCACCCUUGCGGUGUGGAGGCGUUCAGAGAGAGACGAGCGAGCAGCCGCGGACGCACGGGACGAGACUCUCCUCGCUCCGCUGCAUCGCUCCAGCACAGGUUUCACUCGGCGGCCGGUGACGGCGGAGGUUUGCCGUGUUCACACCUGCAGAACUACGACCCCGACCGCGCUCUCACCGACUACAUCUCUCGUCUGGAGGCUCUGCAGAGACGUCUGGGGAGUGUGCAGUCAGGUUCCUCUUCGUACGCUCAGUUGCACUUUGGAGUCAGAAGAUGAAGGUCUUCAUUUACAUUGAAACUGGCUUGAAGAAACGCAGUUGCCUUCUCCUGUGCUGAGCUGCUGUGCUUUUGUGUUCUGAUGAUAAACCUGUACAAUUCUGUGGGACCAAAACCACGUUUGUUUGUUUUGUGUUUGUGUGAAUCAUCUUAUAAUCGAGCUUCCGUUGAAACCGCUUCAACGUCUGUGCAUUAGUUCUACCUUAUUUGUUGUUAAAGCAAAGCAAUCAUGUUACUGUGUAUUUGUGGAAUGCUAAUUUAAGUUGAUUAAUUUAAGAGGUGUUGAGAGAGUUUGCUGCUGCGCUGAGCCACGCUGUACUCGUCACAAACACUAAUUAAACGAAGGCCAAACGAGCCUCGUUAAGGCUUUCCGAGCUUAUCAGAUACUCUACACUGUGUUUUAUUCGCUCGCAGGACAUUUGUAGAAGACAUAUUUUUGUAAAGGUAGGAGCUUCGGAUUUUAUGGAUAUUUUGUCAAAACUGAAAUAAAAAUUAAUAUAAUAUUUGAAAACUG